UCCAAGAUGGCGGAGCUCAUUGCGUUCUGUAACAACACUAUCGCCAAUUUAUCUGAUUUAUUGAGUCUACCGGAACCCGCGCUGCGUUUUUUGAUUGCAGUACUAGCAGGUUUUCCAUUAGCCUUCUUUCAAAGAAGUUUCCUCCAUGGUAAAUCUGCUACUCUUCACCAUGCAUACUUUGUUAUAUGUGGUCUCAUGUUGUCAUAUUUCAAUUAUGGUGCUGAAAGCCUACACUCUGCAUCAUCUGUAUUUAUCAAUUAUUUAUUGAUAUACUUUGCUGGUGGAACAGACAUCUCAAUUAUUAUAUCGUUCAUCUUUAAUAUGGGUUAUCUGGUAACUGGAUAUAUAUAUACGGCUACUGAUACAUACGAUAUCACAUGGACCAUGCCACACUGUAUCUUAACACUCAGACUUAUAGGUUUAAAUUUUGACGUAUAUGAUGGCAGUAGACCUCCUGAAGAAAUCUCUAAUGAUCAGAAAAUGACUAUGUUAGUUAAAAAGCCAUCAUUACUGGAAAUAGCAGGCUAUACGUAUUAUUUCGGAGGAUUCUUCUCAGGACCACAGUUUCCAAUGCGGAGAUAUUUUGAUAUGUGUAAUGGUGUGCUCACAGAUGGUGCUAAAGGUGAAAGACCAAAUUGUGUUGCCGCAGCGAUGAAGAAACUUGCUCUUGGUACAGUUCUUAGUAUUCUCAACACUGUCAUAGUUCCCUGGAUUCCUGAAAGUUAUUUUCUUACAAAUGAUUUUGCUGAAUUAGAAUUUUACAAACGUCUUCUGGUAUUGGCUGCAUGGAGUAACAUGACACUAUUUAAAUACAUGUUAAUAUGGUGUUUUGCUGAAGGCACGUGUAUCUUAAGUGGCCUAGCAUACAAUGGCAGAGACAAGGAUGGCAAUGCAUUGUGGGAUGCAUGCGAGAAUAUAAAAAUGUUUAGGUUUCUAUUUAAUCCAAGUUUCAGAUCGAUUGUGAAAACAUUCAAUACUAACACAAAUCAAUGGGUUUUACGAUAUGUAUAUAAAAGAUUAAAAUUCCUUGGUAAUAGAAAAAUCUCUCAGGCAUGUACUCUGUUUUUCCUUGCACUAUGGCAUGGUCUAUCUUCUGGCUAUUAUAUGACAUUUAUGAUGGAGUUUGUUAUUACUAAUGUUGAAGACAAGAUGGUUGAGGUUGCUAAUAAAACUGGUCUUAUCAAGCUGAUGGACAACCCUAUCACAAAGGUUCCAACUUAUUUAGUGUGCAAACUAUGGCAAUUGACAUUCAUGGGGUAUCCACUUCUUGCAUUUAAUCUUCUAACAUGGCGAAGACAAGUACAGGCAUAUAGUGCUGUCUACUGGUGUGGGCAUAUCUUUUACAUGGUUUUAUUUCCAGCUCUUUAUAUUUUUGUACUGAAUCCACUUUUGACAAAGCCAAAACCAAAAAGUGAUGUUGGGACCAAACCAAAGGCAGAAUAG